UGCUGGUGUGUCAGUGUGCAGCUGGAGUUUCAGUGCGUGCAGGUAGCUGCAGUGUCCACGUGAAUCAUGGCUCGAACUGGGUUUUGUGAUUCCAGGCAACUGUUGGACCUUCAUAUGACUGAGGAAAGACAGCUGCCCCUGAGGACGUGGGCAAACUCUUGUGUUCUGAGGGAGCGCAGGACGUUUGCUGAAGGGGAGGAGGUGCGGCCUGGGCAUUGCUACAAACCUGCACAAGAAAAUCGAUGGGUUCAAAGGCUUCCUAUAUCUGCCGAAGAUGGGAUCAUAAUGGACUAUGCCCAACAGGAUGAGUCUACACAUACAGAUGUCUAUGAAGAGGAGGCUUUGCUGAAGUAUCUGCACAGGUUGCCUGGUCCAUCUAGUCUGGGAGAACUGCUGCCUGGUCUUCUGCGCAGAGAGGUGGAGGUGGCCAUCAGCAAGCUGGGGCUCCUCUACGACAAGACUUACGCCUGGGACAUCUUUUCAGAUAUGAUGAGAAGUCAGCUGCUUUGCACUCUCCCGAACGCUGACCUGCCCAGGCCUUUCACAGACACUACAAGAGCUAUCCUGGUGGACUGGCUCAUUCAGGUCCAUGAAGUGUUUCAGUUCUCCGAGGAAACGCUGUAUCUGGCAGUGCACCUGUUGAAUCGAGCACUAAAGCUUAUUAAAGUGUCCAUCUCUGGCCUUCAGUUGCUCGGCGUGGUUUGCCUCUUCCUAGCUGCCAAGAGAGAGGAGUGUCUCUUACCAGAGGUGUCAGAGCUGUGCUAUCUGAUGGAGAACGCUUACAGUAAGAAACAGCUGCUCCGGAUGGAAAGGAGAGUUUUAACCGGGCUCAAGUUUGAUCUCUUUCACUGCCCUCCGCUUCACUUUCUUCUCAUCUCCGCUUCGAUAGCACGUUGCAGCGAUAAGAUGGUAUGGAUGGCACGAUAUUUAUUGGAGCUCUCUCUUCUGGAGGUACAGUGUGUGGUUUAUUUACCUGCUCAGCUGGCGGGUGCUGCUCUCCGUCUGGCCCGCAAGAUCCUGCAGGAAGCUCUGUCUCCUGAGGGAGAGACCGCCUGGUAUAUUGCCUCCAGUAUCCACAUUGGAAGUGAAGCUGCUCUCUUCAAUAUAAUGCGGAUCAUGGCUAUGGCAGCAGCUAGAGCACAUGGGCAUGAGACUCGUGCCACCUUCGUCAAGUUCUCCACCAUACAGACACUCCACGUCAGUAUGCACCCGGCCCUGAAGACCGCUCCUGGCUUACUGGGCCUGCCCUGCACCCAGACGUGAAGCUCCAUCAAAA